GGAUGCUCUUAGAUGUCUUUUCAACCUUGGUGAUUCUAUGAUUCUAUGUGGUUAGAGGAAGAGGCAGAAACUACAGAGGUGAAUAAGGCAAAGAAAUGCUCAGUUCUACUUUUAAGAGGAAGGAACCUUUACAACCCUGAACACCUUAGGCAUACUAGGGAGCAAAAACUACUGCAGAAAGAACUGUACAAAGUAAUUCCAUUUAAAUUAUAUAAUUCUAAAUAAUCAUGUCAACAGUAAGAAUGUUAACAGUAUCUGUAGUGCAUUUUUGAGAACUCAAGGCAGAUAAUAAGUUUGGAAGUGUCCAAGUCUUCUCUAAUACUCUAGUUUCUCACUCAGUCCAAAGUGCAAGACUGACUCUGUUGAAACCCCUGAAUUGCAUUUUGGGAAGGCAGUCACUUCAUACGUCAGCAGGCUCUGGAGGACUUGAUCAGUUCAAUGAGUCGUUUGUGCUCUUUCUUUCAGUUUUUCAACGAAGAAGCCAGACAGCAACAACUACUGCUGUUUAUCCUGGCAGCAAAUCCCCCAAAACAUUAUAUGAAUGUUUACGGUCAAAUAACUUUAUAGUAAUGUUUUCCAGAUGAAUAUGCAGAGAGACGCUAAUGAAUCUUUAUUAUCUGCUUCCCUGUAGAAUUUCAUAUGACCCCACAAGAUACCCUAAAUACAUUCCUGAAGCAUACUGUCUGUGCAAGGGCUGCCUGAUGGGGAUCUUUGGCGAGGAGAAUUUUCACUUCCGCAGCACCCCUGUGUACAUGCCCACCGUCAUCCUCCGCCGCACCUCCUCCUGCGCUGGGGGCCGCUAUGUGUACACAGAAGACUACGUCACCAUCCCAGUGGGCUGCACGUGUGUGCCUGAGCCAGAAAAGGAGGCCGAAAGCGUAAAUUCCAGCAUAGACAAGCAAGAAAUGAAGUUGCUGGUAAACCAGAACAAGCCGUCGUCGGAAUGAAGAAUAUGGGAGGAGUCGUCUGUGCGUUAUUGGCUUCACGUCACUAUUUCACCACCUCAGCAAACUGCGCGCAGCAGAGAAACGCAUCAGAUUAUGCUGCUUCUCUGCUUACAGUUAUUUCAGUUAUAGGAUGGAAAAUUCUGUUCAGUUGCUCAGAUCAUUAGCGAUGACAAUUCCUAUUAAGAACUUCUGUAGCUCAAGUGAGUAUUUCUUGCAAAUUCCAGUAUAGCUUUUUUCCUUUCCUUAGCAUGGAACAUUUUAUCCAUACUUAUUCACAGUAAAUUUUAGAAGAUGAUGCAAUAGUCAGAAAUGCUAGCUAUUGCUAUAGCAGACUGCUGGUUGUAGAUAUUAUUCAGGAAUCACUUAUACUCUACUUUUAAAUACUUUUAUAUAAAGAUCACAUAGCUUUUGUCCGGAUGCCAAAACAUCAGUUAAAAAUACAGUUAAAAAUACUUGACUUAUGUCAAGUCAACCCAAAGCAGCAUUUUUUGCUGUUAUGUCUUUGUCUGUUUAUACAGCACAGCAUGGGGACCUUCACUGGGCUGGAGUCAUUCAUGAAACAACUUUCUGUGAGUUAGCUGUUUUUAAACUCACCAAAUUGCUAAGGGUACAAAAGGGUUAGAAAAAAAAAAACAUGCUAGAACGUGAUGAAGGUGCAGUGGACUUCCCCAUUGUGGACUACAGCUAAUUGAAUGGAAAAUAUCCAUUAGAAUAAACAGAGUUUGGAUCCCAAGAA